CUUCGAUAUUUAUCAUAUUAGCAAGACGACACUCAGGAAGUAACCGCCAGCCGCUAAUGAGUCACAUCUGCUCAAAAUAUGACUCGGCAUGUGCUGCGAUUCUAUUAUUGUAGAGAUGUGAUUACUUUUUCCGUCUCUAGCACAUUUCCGACUAUAAAACCCACGCUGUCCGAAACUUAAAGGUGUCUCAACUAUGCAUCCCACGUCUUUGUUUAUCGUCUCGCUUCUCGCCAUUAUCACCGCCAUUUGUACCUCCAAACGAAAGCGUUCUGGCGUAAAGCAGCUUCGUGGUCCUACUGUGGACUCCUGGCUUCUUGGUCAUGACUAUGCCGUUCAGUAUCAAGACCAAGUUGGCGAUCUAGAGUAUGCUUGGUUUCGUGAAUAUGGUGCGGCCUUCCGUGGAGCUGCUCCCUAUGGUCAAAGUGUAUUGUUUCUUGGCGAUGCGAAAGGUCUACAGCACGUCCUUCAUGGUUCUGGAUACCGUUAUCCCAAAACCCCCGAUUCCGAUUAUAACACGAAUAUUCUAUUUGGGAAGGGGAUCGCCACAGUAGCUGGAUCCGUUCACCAACGGCAUAGGAAAGUCAUGAAUCCCGCUUUCUCCGCAGCCCAACUUCGGACUUUCCUUAGUCUUUUCCAACGAUCAGCCAAGAAGUUCUCUGGAAAGCUCAUUGCCAUUGUCGACGGAGGAGAGUCGAGUAUUAAUAUAGCUCCUUGGCUUGGCAAGCUGACUUUGGACAUUAUUGGCACAAGUGCAUUUGGAUACGAAUACGGCGCCCUUGACGACGAGAAUAACAAGCUCGCUAAUACACUGAACAAUUUAUUCCAUGACUCAGAACUCCUUCUGUCCCGUGCCGCGAUACUGUUUGCCACCCUGCCAAGAGUCCUGCCAAAGUCCCUCAUCCAAAUCUUGGACCUCAUUCCUUCCCGGCGAAAAAAACAUUUCUCCAAUUUCAAGGUUGCUGCACAAAAUGCGGGACGGGAAGUGCUCAAGGAGAACGUCGAGGGGAAUGAUUUAGAUUCGUCCACCGGCAAGGAUGUUCUCAGCAUCUUAGCGCGGGCCAACGCCCAGGAAGAAGAGAAGAAGAGGUUGAGCGACGAUGAAGUCCUUGCUCAGAUAGCGACACUUACCUUGGCAGGACACGAGACAACUGCAUCUACGCUUACCUGGACUCUAUUCGAACUAUGCAAUCACCCUGCGCAGCAAGAUCGUAUUCGGGCAGAAAUAGCGCAAGUCCGGAGCCGGUAUCAAACCAAAGGCGAACUCACUUCGGCGGAUUACGAUAGUAUGCCGUUUAUGAAUGCUGUGAUCAAGGAAACUCUCCGAUUCCAUCCUAUUGUUCCCAGCUUGUUACGCAGUGCUGCUUGUGACGACGUAAUCCCACUUACAGACCCAGUCAUCACAUCUGCAGGAGUCAAGCUCACUGAAAUAUCUGUGGAGAAGGGCCAGCUUGUUGACAUUUCAAUCGGAUAUUACAAUCGUAAUCCAACGGUAUGGGGCUCCGAUGCCGAUGUUUGGAAUCCAGAUCGAUUCUUGGGUGAACUGGACAAGCAGACGCCACUCGGGGUUUUUGCUAAUCUUCUGACCUUCAGUGCUGGAGUCCGCUCCUGUAUCGGCUGGCGUUUCGCCGUUAUGGAACUGCAAGUCAUCUUAUUCGAGCUUCUCGAAUCAUUCAAGUUCUCCUUCCCCAAAGCAGGUAUCGACAUCAAGCGGAAGCCUGCUGGGAUAAUGAUUCCCGUGGUAGGGGAUGAGAUGUCCAAAGGUACUCAAAUGCCACUACGCCUGAUUCCGAGUCCCAUCCAGUAUUGAAGACGUUUGUUCAAUACUGUACUACUGUUGUUGAUCGAUAUGCAUAUUUUCAUUGAACAAUAUGCAGACAAAUGGAC